ACAGUCCCUCCCUGAUUAGACACUCGGGAGUAUUUCCACAGGCAGAUCCAAGUGGGACCAUGAUGAUCCCAAGCGUCAUCGCGCCCCCAGCCAUGUACCCGGGCCUGUACCGGCCCGCAGCAGCCACCCUUCCGCUGCACCACAGCCUCCCCGCCGCUUUUCCGACACACUCCAGCUUUCUCGUGGAGGACCUACUGCGGAUAAGCCGACCCACGGCCUUCGUAAACCGGAGCAUCCAGCCUGUAAGCGUCUCUCCGCCCACAGCCAAUAACAAUUUUAGCGACGUGACUGUGGAUCGGGGAGUUUCCGCCACUCCCGUGACGCGGGAGUCCUGCUCGCCUAAAACAGCCAACAACAAGGACCCGACUUUCCUCAAGUUUGGCGUGAGCGCCAUCCUCGCACCGUCACCAAAGACGCCGUCCUCCCCACCAACAGUCCACAGCUUGCACUCCAAGAGUUUCCACAUCCCGUGUUUUGACGGAACCUUCCACCCCAUAUUCAGGACACCUUAUUUACCAGCGUCUUCUCCUGCCGUGCCCAUACCCGGAACCUUCUCAUGGCCGCUAGCCGCCAGAGGGAAGCCCCGCAGAGGGAUGCUGAGGAGGGCGGUGUUCUCCGACGUGCAGCGUAAAGCUUUGGAGAAGAUGUUCCAAAAACAGAAGUACAUCAGUAAGCCAGACAGGAAGAAGCUGGCGUCUAAACUGGGACUUAAAGAUUCACAGGUGAAAAUUUGGUUCCAGAACAGGCGGAUGAAAUGGAGGAACUCCAAGGAACGUGAGUUGCUGUCUUCAGGCGGAUGUCGUGAGCAGACGCUGCCCACCAAGGCCAACCCACACCCGGACCUCAGCGACGUGGGCAAGAAGUCCUCAGCAGAAGAAGAUGAGGACGAGGAGGCUUUCUCCUCUACUCUGGUCUCGUCUCCUUGUCUUUCCAGCAAGCACUCGGACUUUUCAGAGUCAGACGAAGAUGAAAUAACAGUAUCUUAGUAGUUUAUUUUCCUCAUGAGACUUUCCGACGCAAGACCCCCCGUCCCCAUAGGCGCCAUUGUUUGAACAGGAUCGGCUACUUGAUAAAAUUUGCUGUUUUUGCACAGCUUUGUUCAAUUGUACAUACAGCGUUUUGUACAAUUUUGUAUGGACAUUU